AUGCCUACACUUGCAGAAAUUCAAGCACAACAUAAUCAGCAGGCAGAAUCUUCCAAUGCUAGUUACGGGGACUUUGUUGUGAUGAACAUCUUAAACGAUGUCUUCCCGUUCGCCAGCUCAGGAUAUCAGGAAAAUGUUGUUUAUGACAACGCCCCUGACACCUUCCCUAAUGUCUCCCAUGUUGACUGCAACAGGUCGUAUUCUCUAGGAAAGUGCUUGGAUGUGUACAUGAGACCAUUAAUUGACGAGCUGGAGGAGUUAUGGGAAAAUGGAAUCCCAACUUUUGACAGGCAUGGUCAAACUUCAUUCAUGAUGAAAGCAGCUGUUAUUUGGACCAUCAAUGAUUUUCCAGCUUACGGGAUGUUGUCUGGCCAACAAACUCAGGGGUACAAGGCUUGCCCGGUAUGCUUAGAUGACAUCAAUUCUAGUUGCCACGCCGACAAAAUUUGUUUCUUGGGAUCUCGUAGAUGGCUUGACGAGGAUCACGAGUGGCAGUGGGAUGCUGAGGCAUUUGAUGGGACUGAGGAGCAUAAUCCGAAACCCCCAGGGAGGUCUAGUGAGUGGAUUUUGGAGAGGCUUAAUGAGCAUUGGUUCAGAUAUUUGAGCACCAGUAAAGAAGUAACCGACUUGAAUCCUCCCACGCCUGAUGAGUUUAAGUAUUGGACGCAUAAAAAUGUAUUCUUUGAAUUGUCUUACUGGUCGACGUUGAAAAUCAGACACACCUUGGACGUCAUGCACAUAGAGAAGAAUGUUUGUGACAGCGUUCUUGGAACAAUUCUGAAUCUCAAAGAUAAGAACAAGGACACCCCCAAAGCCCGUGUUGAUCUUAAGAAAAUGGUGGCUUUGUCCAAGUUCUUUCAGAGGAUAUGUGCUAAAGAGCUUAAAAAGUCUGAUGUUCGGUCAUUGCAAGAAGACAUUGUGUACAUCAUGUGCAAGCUGGAGAGGAUCUUUCCCCCAACUUUCUUUGACAUCAUGAUUCACCUCAUGAUCCACCUUCCCGAACAAGUGUUGCUUACUGAUCCGGUACAGUAUACCUGGUGCUAUCCAAAUGAGAGGCGACUGAGGGAUUUCAAGAAGUCGAACAAAAACAAACGUUUCCCUGAAGGGUCGAUCACGGCGGCAUACAUUCAGGCUGAGUGCGUAACUUACUGCAGCACAUAUCUCAAUGAUGAAGACACAAUGGGAGAAUCAUCUGGAGCGGAGAUCAAAGAGGCUCAUUGGUCUGUCCUUCAACAGUGCGACGAAACCGAGCGGUACUUGAAGUCCCGUUUGGAAAGGCAGGAUGGUAACAAAGCUAUUCACAAGAAAGAUUUUCCUGAUUACUUCUCUAUUCGGAUGAUGCACAUUCAACAGCAUUUUCCUGCUUCUUACGACCCAGAGUUGCACUUGUUGGCUGGAGGACCCCAAAGCCAUAGAGUUCGUGCUAAAUGUUUGUGA